AUGGUAUACAGUGGCUCGAGCUCACCGAAACUGUUUACGUUCCUUCAACGAAACAGACUUGUCAGUCACUACCAUGAUAAACACCAACUCUCCAAUGCGACCUCGUAUCGUAAUCGCUGGCGAAAGGCCCUCUGGCGAUGCCUUCUCUAUUGGAUAGCAGUGAUUUUGCGAUUAUGCUACAUGCUGGCGGCUAUGACCUUUAACAUGGGGUUACUGAUAGUCAUGGCUACAACCCUUGCAACCACCCAACUCUUCAUUGAACUCAAAUCUUCCCCGUCUCCUCAAUCGCAUUCAUUUGAACCGCUCCCAGUAAGCCUCGAAAACCGACGCGACUCCUCCACCCUCCUCUCGUCCUCCCGCACCAACUCAAUUACCUCUGACUUCAGCCACAACACAACGAACGCCAUCAAAACCCGUCCCCGUUCUAAAUCAAAGCCGGAGGACAUAUUCAUUCACCCUGCCGAAUCCAACAUCGCCCGCGCAGACGCCAUGGUGCACCAUCUUGGAUUGGAAGAGCGGAUGCGUGCCGAGUACGAGGAAUCUGGUCAGGACUCGGGCUGGCAAGAAGGCAAGGGGAGAGAGGUCGCUCGUCAAUUAUUGAGCAACAGUGGAGGAGUAACGUCCAACUCAUACAGUUAUAAAGUCGGCGAAGCUUCAGAUUCUGAAGACGACGAUAUCGGCGAUCCCGCACGACGACGACUCGUCCCCUAA